GCGGGUAAUGGUCCAUAACACCGACCCCGGAGUCCACGAGUCUACUGCGGCAGGCGAUCAGCGGCCGAAACCGAAAUAGCUGAAGGCAAAAGCUUCGAAGCAGCCGGUCCAGUUCAGACCGAUGGCAACGACAGCUUACCAGAAGCUGCUGCAAGUUGGCACUAAGAUCGUCGCUGUUGGUAGAAACUAUGCUGCUCACGCUAAGGAACUCGGCAACGCCGUUCCUAAGGAGCCCGUCUUGUUUCUGAAACCGACAUCGUCCUACUUGGAGAAUGGCGGAACAAUCGAAAUCCCACACAACGUGGAUUCUCUGCAUCAUGAGGUCGAGUUGGCAGUGGUGAUCGGGAAGAAGGCUCGUGAUGUGCCCGAGUCUUCUGCUAUGGAUUAUGUUGGAGGUUAUGCACUUGCACUUGAUAUGACUGCCAGGAACCUCCAAGAUGUUGCGAAGUCUGCAGGUCUUCCAUGGAGUUUGGCCAAAGGACAGGAUACUUUCACACCAAUUAGUUCUGUUUUGCCCAAGACUGCGGUGCCAGACCCCCAUGAUAUAGAAUUAUGGUUAAAGGUAGAUGAUGAAAUACGGCAGAAAGGCUCAACCAAGGACAUGAUUUUUAAGAUACCAUUUCUAAUUAGCCACAUAAGCUCCGUCUUUACACUCUUUGAAGGAGAUGUGAUACUUACUGGCACUCCCCCUGGGGUUGGUCCAGUGAAGCCAGGUCAAAAGGUCACUGCAGGCAUUACAGGCCUAGUGGACGCGCACUUCAAUGUUGAGAAAAGAAAAAGGCUUGGUGAUCCUUGAUUUUGGGCCAUCGUAAUUCAUUACCCCUUGUGGUUUUAUUUUAGAAAAAAGAAAAAGAAAAGAAAAGCCUAACUCUUGCAUUAUGAGGAGUUUGUAAGGCAAUAAACUACUUGUCAGUUUGUGUUCCAUUUGUGGAUAUUGAGUCAGUACAAUCAAUCGAAGUGGUAGUGUUGUUUCUAGUCCA